AUGUCCAGCGAUGAUAUCGAGAAAUCUGUCAUCCUAGAUGCAAAAGGAUGGCGACCACGGCCACCGCUAAGACGCCGGCGUCGGGCUCUCGCAUUGCAAUUGCUGAUGAUAUUGAUUGGUCUCUGUAUAUGUUACGACUUUCUCAUCGGGCCUGUGAACCUUCCAUCACCGCAUAAGGCCAGUGACGGUGAAAUUCGUGUUCAAAACUCGCCGCUGACAGAGAAACUGGACUUUGUGGAAGAGACAGAAUCGUCGACAGACCCCGUACUGACAAGGCUUGAGCCUACUGAACAAGAGCUACAGCCCAAAGAUCCUGUAGUCGUCCCUGAUGACUUGCUGCACAAAAAGCCAACUGCGCAAACGACAGACAGUGUGCCACUGCCCAAAAAUGACUUGAGUAUGUCACUCGAUCGGAUGAUUGCCCUCCUCCCGGACGAAAUGCGCAUUCAAAGCCUCCUACGGCCUCUCGAAGCGACCGGCGGGGAACGACUGCGUGAUCUGGGCCUGCGAACACGCGAUUUCUGGGCAUUGUACGAGGCGUGGGAAACCGUGCAUCUGGUGCCAGCCGACGAUGGCCUGUACAUCCGCGACGACAUUAUCCAGUACCUGCGACGACAUCCUGAGUUGGCGAAGAGUAUGGUGAGGAACACAACGGACAUUAUCCGCUCCUAUGAGUCAUAUCGCUCGCUCAUUACCCGGCUGUCAACACUACUGUUUCCGUGGACUGCGCCGCAUUUCCCGGAUCAUAUUCAUCUCCAUACACAGAUCCAUGGCGGCGGCCGGGGGCUGGUCUUUUCAGCCGGAGACAACCAAGCACCUUUUCUGUUCGCUUCGAUUCCGGCAAUCCGCCAGUUGGGAUGCGACCUGCCGAUCGAAGUCAUGUAUCUGGGCGACCACGACCUGAGCCAGGAUAUGCGUGAGCAGUUGGAAGCGCUACCUGGUGUUACUACACGUGAUCUGAGCCAGAUGGUGGACGACAAGGGCUGGAAAUUGGCUGGAUGGGCUGGGAAACCGUUUGCGAUUUUAUUUUCGAGUUUUAGGGAAGCGAUCUUCAUCGAUGCCGAUUCGCUUUUCCUGCAGAACCCGGAGAUCUUGUUUGAAGACGAGGCCUAUCGAAAGACCGGGGCCUUGUUCUUCAAAGACCGCCUCAUGAUGCCCGAGUCUAAGAAACGAUGGCUCCAAGAGAUUCUGCCCAGACCGGUGUCCAACAAAGCCAUGGGGAGUCGAUUCUGGACGGGUCAGAGUGGCCAUAUGCAGGAAUCCGGCGUGGUUGUGGUGGACAAAUGGCGACAUUUUAUCGCGCUGCUUCUAGUGACGCGGAUGAAUGGACCUGACCGGGACGGUGACCAGUCGAAGCAAAAGACGGGAGUGUAUGAUAUGGUUUACGGUAUGUCCUGCCUCUCUGUUGUAAAUGACUUUGGACUGUUGUGGACUAACGGCGCAAAUAAAACAGGCGACAAAGAGACCUUUUGGCUGGGUUGGGAGCUGAUCGGGGACCUGGACUACGCGUUUCAUGACGGGGAUGCAGGAGUGAUGGGCACUCUGGAGAAGGCUUCAACCGAGAACGGUCAAGCGGUACAAGCGGAACUGGCAAAGACCAACGCUACGGACGAGGCAGCGACGACUGUGCCAGAGAUGUACACCAUCUGUGCUCCCCAACUACUUCAUCUUGAUCGCAGUGGUCGACCUUUGUGGUUCAACGGCUGGCUCCUCCCAAAUAAGUUCGACAAAGGCAAGAAUCAAGAGCCGAGUCGAUUCGAAGCCUUCCUAAAGGAACCCCGAGAGAUUCGGGACCCGGGCGCCUGGCAGUUGCGGGCGAAUAACAUCUGCUGCUUGACCUCCGAACAUAAGGGAGAAUUUAGCCGGGAUGAGAGACAGGUUCUUGAUAUGAUCAUUGAGUCAGGACGGCGUGCUGGUGUGCUGGGUACCAAGGGUCUAACACAUUAG